UUACGGGUCACUGGUCAGAACUUGUCUGCGAUAUGCAAAAUAGUAUUCAAAGUCUCCCGCAGUGAUAAACAUGACGAUUACUUCUUGGAGAAUAACAUACUUGCACUGUUUGUUGAGUCGCUGGGACGUGCCAGUCCCCUGGAGGAUGCUGAGGCAUGCAUCUAUGGCUAUGGAGCUCUCAAAUUCCUCACAAUGAAUUCGGCACUAUCGGCUGCCUUACUUCAGCUGGGUCUUCUCCAGCUCAUCGUGUUGCAUAUGAAGAUAGUCAAUAAUUCGCGUCUAGAACUUUCGCCGAUAGCCGAGCCGACGAGCCACGCACUGUUCCAACUGACUGGAGCGCUGCGUAACUUGGCCAGCGACUCUACGCAGUACGCAGCCCUACUGCAGACGGGAGCUAUUACGCAGCUGUGUAGAUCGCUGCAGCUAUUCAGUGCCGACCUGGAUCUUGUCUGCAACAUAUCUAGGACACUCAGUAUAAUUUCAACAAACGACGGAUGCUGUAAGGAGAUUGUUGACUGUGAAGACGGUUUCAAAACAAUGACAAAAUCCUGAGAAAGUUUCCAGGUCGCCAGGAUGUGGUAGUGAGGCUGGGCUAUGCUAUGGGCAAUGCUGUCGCCAAAAGUAACUCUGCCAGGAUCAAGUUGUACCAAGAACCAGAUGCGCUGAAAGUAAUUUUGGAUCUGAUGGAAUCCUAUUUAGAGAAAGAUCUACAAGAAUCGAUGAGUGAGGAUAUCAACGGAAAUAACACCAAUCUGCAGCAACAGAUAGGUUCUGAUGGAUCUGUAGAGGAUGUACUGAUUA